AUGGCGCAGCACGUCGCUCCGAGGUUGACUGGCGCCACGGAUCCGAUCCAGGAACCUCCCUUUUGCGAUGGGCAGACGAGCGGAGUCAUGCACGUCAACCAACGAUUCUGCGGCGGGUGUCAACUGCUGCGCCACUCUGGCCGCAGCAGCCCACACGACAUCUCUGUGUACGACGUCCCAGGGGUGCCCUCCAAGCUUGGCUACAUAUCUCUGCCAAAGUGCGGCAGCCUCAACAUGCGGGACAUCCUCCGCCGCCUCGAGGGCCGGUCGUUCAGCAAGAGCAUCGCAAGCCUGGGCACGCUCGCUGAACUGCCGGCCAACACAACCUUCUUUUCGUUCGUUCGGAAUCCGUGGGCGCGGAUGCACAGCGUUUACAACAUGCAGAGGGAUCAGUGGCUGGCCAAUAACAACGGGACGUUGCCCGCCUGGGCACUUGAGUUCGACGACUUUGCCGUUAACCCCGACGGGCACCACCUGCACAUGAACCCGAGACACUGGUCCCCGAUGUUUGACCAGCUCCUCACAGAGGACGGCCACUUCUCCCCGCACUACCUUGGCCGGAUCGAGGCACUCAACGACGACUUCCUAUCAAUACUGCAGCUGGCCGGAGCGGACUCCGCUACGCUGGCGCGGGUCCGGGACACCCUCGAACACCACCGCCCAGUCCACCAUCGAGAGGCGGACUACUCACAAAUGUCGACGUACUACGCAAAAUUUUAUUCCAACAAGACGAGAAAAGCGGUAGGGUCCUACUCGCGCGUGGACGCCAAGCUCUUCUGCUACACCUUUUCGACGUGA